GUCCCAUUUGGAACUUUGCACUAUCACUUUUUCUAUUUUAUUCUUAAUCUAUAAGUUAAAGCAUAGUCAAGUCGGAUCUUGUUUGAUUCGUCUUAAUGUAAUUUUUAUUAAUAUUAACUUUUUAUGGUUUUUAUGAACAAUUGAAAAUAUUAAGGAUUAAAUUAGUGCAUUGACAAGCGUGCAAAAGCAAAUGAGACACUUGAAGUGGAUAUGAGCAAGUAUUAUAUUUGGGCCUUAAGGCCAUGAUGAAUUGGUUUGCUAUUUGCUACUUGAAGACUACAUUUUGUACAAAGAAUUGAUUUUUGGUAUAUCAGUCGGACUUAGGGAUAUGUUGGGAUUUUUUUUGGGUGAAGGGGUGGGAGGAGGUUGAAAAUAUGCUAUCCAUGCUUCACGCUUUCUGUAUCAAACAUCAUAACAUUCAGAGUUUGAGCUUCCAUUCUUUUUGCCUUCGCAGAGAUAUAACUUAGUCUCUGCAAGAGAACUAUCUAGAAUCAACGGAACAACCAAGGCACCGGUUAUGAACUAUGCAGCCGAGACAUCUCUAGGAGUCACUACCAUACGAAAAGCCACUAACGAAUGGUUAGUCCUCCAAAUAGAAGCUCAUCAACUUCUGACCUUUUUGACGGCUACCAUCCUACUUGUCAUGCUUCCAAAGGGUUAUGUAGCUCCCGGGCUUGUAGGACUGUCUUUCGUAUGCUCUUUCGCUAGCAAGCACACAUGUAUUUAUGGUUUGGUGACAUUGUAACUUAGAAAACCAUGUCGUCUCAAUAGAGAGAAUCAAACAGUUUAUGCACAUUGAGUCUGAACCACCCGCAACUAUUGAAAACAAUAGACCUCCAUCUUCAUGGGCCUAUAAAGGAAGAAUAGAGCUCACAAAUAUAAAGGUAAGUUACCGUCUUAACGCCCCAUUAGUUCUUAAGGGGAUUACAUGCACAUUCAAAGAAGGGAACCGAGUAGGAGUAGUUGGAAGAACCGGAAGUGGAAAAACUACUCUGAUCAACACCUUAUUUUGCCUAGUGGAACCGGAAAGUGGAGGGAUAGUCAUAGAUGGACUCAAUAUUUGCUAUAUCGGCCUAAAGGAUUUGAGAAUGAAACUAAGCAUCAUCUCCCAAGAACCGACACUUUUUAAAGGCAGUGUAAGGUUGAAUUUGGACCCUCUAGGACUUUACUCUGAUCAAGACAUAUGGGUGGCACUUGAAAAAUGUCAGCUUAAAGCAACAAUAAGUAGGCUUCUGAAUCAAUUAGACUCAUCAGGUGAGAAUGAAUUAUGAGUAAUGUACUCAUUGUUAAGAUAUAUUAAUUGAUAAUAUAUCUUUGACUUAGUAUAUAUCAGUUUCCUAGUUUGUCGCUGUGAAUAUUUUGAUGAAUAUCUCUUAGCUUAAUUAGUGGCAUGAUUAGAGCAUGUAAUUUGUAUAUAUUCAUAGUCAAAGGAAUGUAAUGGACACGGAAAAGAUUUCUUUCAUG